AUGUCCACAUCAAAAAUCGAGACGCUCGAGCUCGUGCAUGCUCUGCUGGAAGCAUUACCAGAGAGGAAUCUGUAUGCAACGCUCGUACAUCUUCUGCCAACGCUGCUCCAUGCAUAUGCAGGACCAAGCGAGGCUUCUGUCACUUUAGCCGCCAAAGAACUCCUGCUUGAUGGUGUGGCCAAGUCGGAAGAAAUACAAGCUGCCCUAGGCAAUGUGACUUUGCUUCAGAGUGUACCACAGGCAUUUGAAGCCGGCAGAGAGCGCCAUCAUGUGCAGCUGAAGCUCUUGGAUUUGCUGAUAUGUGCAUACAAAGUUGUCAAGCAUGAUGCCAUCAAGGAUGCGAUUAGGAUCAUGUCCAGGAGAGACGAAUCUGGCGAUGAUGUGCUGUACCUUGUUGGAUUGAUACAGUCCAUAUCGACACUCUCUCAACUUGAGACAGAGACUGGACAUGGCUUGUGCACGCUCCGUGCCAUUCUACGCCAACACUAUGAUGAGCAAUCACAAUGGUUUCUAGCAUGUCUAGUUGAUCAAGGCCUGGUCUCGCACGACUCGAUCGAGGAUGAAUUGCUCUGCGUCGAGGUCCUGCGUCUGAUUGCCAAGCUGCCGGGAUCCGAUUGCGUGGCACUUUCGAGCAACUACAGACUGCUGGAUCUGCUCCGCGACAGACUUGCAUCAGCAAACGAGACAAUCCGUGACAAAACGCUGCAAUGCUUGGCUACCUUAUUCUCGACGAUUCCUGACGGCGUUUGGGAUAUCUUACCAGCAAGGAUUGGCAAUCCAUACAUUGCUAGCCUUGGCAUGCUGCUCGAGCGCAGUCCAACAAACGCUUGGAAGACGCGCAUUUUGGAGGAAAAGUGUCCCGGGGACUAUCUCCUACAGCUCUUGGCAGGGCUGUCUAGUACCUUUGAGGCACCGCGUAAGGUGAGCUACUACCACUGUCACCAACUCGCAACGUGGCAACAAGGCGUGGCAUUGUUGUGUGGCAGCGAAGGUGUCCUGGCCUUGCUCACGAACGGGAAGGGCGAGUAUCAUGAUAUCGUGACGAAGCAUGAGAUUAUGAGCAAGGCUCUCGAGACAUUAAGAGCAGAUGAUGGCUGCGGCCGAGACUUGUCUGGUGGCCACAGACGCAAGAUUGAAGCGUUUGUCAAUGCAGGACCCUUUGCGAGAGUAGCGGACGGCAGCAUGCAGGUCGCUUCACAGACCACUUGA